CCCAAAGCACAUCUGGAAACGCUCCGACAACCCAGAGCACAACUGGAAACGUUCCUACAACCCAGAGCACAACUGGAAACGCUCUGACAACCCAGAGCACAACUGGAAACGCUCCUACAACCCAGAGCACAACUGCAAACGCUCCGACAACCCAGAGCACAACUGCAAACGCUCCGACAACUAUGAGCACAACUGCAAACACUCCGACAACCCAGAGCACAACUGCAAACACUCCUACAACCCAGAGCACAACUGUAAACGCUCCUACAACUAUGAGCACAACUGUAAACACUCCGACAACCCAGAGCACAACUGCAAGCUCGUCCACAACCUCAGGUUUAAACAUCCCUUCAACAACUCCAUCUUUUAACUUAACAUUUAGUAUCAAAGAAACUUUUGAUGCAGCUCUGGCCAACAACAACUCUCCACAGUUUGCUGCAAAAUCUACAAAUAUCCGUGGUCAGGUUGAACCGUUGCUCAGGAGAUCCUUUACAAACUUCAAACGAAUGGAUAUAGUCAAAUUCAGGAAUGGAUCUACUAUUACAGAGAGCAACCUUUAUAUGAAUCCUAGUGACCCAAAUGUUACUCUGGAACAGGUGAAAUCCGUCUUCCUCGGUGGACUUUCCAGCUUUAACUUUACUGUUGAUCCGAACUCCGUCAGUGUCACUCUUGGUAAUUCCAUACCACCAGCGAUUGCAAGCUCACUUUCCAUGAUAUGGAUGUCUGUUCUAACACUUCUACUAUCAAUAUCAUUGCACUUCGAGCUCUAGACCUGAUCAGCGAACAUACACAAUCACCCAUAUAUAAUGUACAUAUAAUCAAUAAUAAGAAAGUGAAUGUUUAAUGCUUUAAAACAAAAUUAUCUUUACAUAAGAAAUACAAAUAUUUGAACAAAACUGACUUAAUGAGGGUUGUGAUUUGCUUGAAAAUUUCUCCACAUUCUAACAGUCCCACUAAGAUUUUCUUUCACUUCUAAUUAAAUUUGUUGGAUGGUUUUGUUCAAGCACUUUUACUAUAAUAGUAUAUAAUCCUUUAUUAUACAGUAUAAUUCCUGACCCUGCACCUGUACAUGCAAACCAACAUAUAACUUCUUUUUAACAGUGUUCAAUGAUUAUAAACUAUGUGUGUAUAUAUAUAUAUAUAUAUAUAUAUAUAUAUAUAUAUAUAUAUAUAUAUAUAUAUAUAUGCGAUUAAUUUAAUACUGUUUGCAUGUAAAUUAAUUAUAUACUGAUACUUUAUCGGAGUGGUUCAUUGGACCAUCAUGUUUUCAGAGUCCUUUUUGCCUGCCAUAUGACUUUUAUUCAAGCUUCUGUCUAGCUGCUCUACCAUACACAUCUAUUUGAUUUUUUAUUUCUAAAAUCAAAGCAUGAUGCAACAACUCAGUUUAGUGCCUUUCGCCAACGGUUUGAAAACGUAUUUAAGUUUUGUUUCACUUUUUUGUCAUGGAUAAUAAGGUAUAUUUAUUAAUGGCAACGUCAAUAUACUUACUUCCAAAUAUAAAAACACAACAGUAUGUGCAAAAGUGUAUGUAGUAUGUACUGUGUCUGAAUUGCUAAGCAUGUCUAAAUAUUGUCUAAAACACGCAUCAUUUCUACAGACCACCUCUGGUGUACCUCUGGGUAUGAUUGUACAGGCUUUAUAGAAUUAUCUAGUUAAUAUGAAUGCAAAAACUCAGUCAUACAAGGCAAACACACACACACACACACACACACACACACAAAGACAACAACAACAAAUCUCAAAAACUACCAAGAAGUAAUAUAAUUCUGAUCUUUUUAUUCUAAUUCAUUUAUGUAAUUAUUUAAGGUUUGUGGGAAUAGAAAAUUCAAGUGCAAAUUACUUUAAAUAAAUUGCAAAUAUAUCAAACAAAAUCUUAAA